UGCCUCAGCUGUUGUGGCUGUGAUAGGCCAGUGUAUCAGAUUAAGGCAUACCAUCUCAGCUGAUGUGUGCUCUAUUCUCUGUUUAGUUGCGGAGUUGCUGCUCCUCUCUUACUGUAUUACCACCAUCAAAGGAGGUUUUUCUCUUGUCUCUGCUUCCCCACCCUUAGUUCUCCGAAACAAAGACCCCUUUUGCCUUGGAAGGAGGAGGAGGGGGGGGUGGUGUGUGUAUGUGUAUGUAGAAGGCUUUGUGUUUUUGUUUUCUUGGGUUCGAGAGCCGGCUUGCUGUCUCUCGCCUCCCUCCUCUUUCUUUCCCCCCCCACCCGCCCACCGUGCCAGCCUGAGUGGUCUGUUUUGAGUGUUGCUGGAGCUGGGGGCUUGCGUGCCGGUGUAUGUGAGGGAGGAGAGAGCUCGGGGCUCGGGGCUCCCGCUGGCUUUCUCGCGUCCUGGAGCUGGCUCUCGAUCCGACAGGGGACUAACAUGCACCUUGCUGAGGAGCUGAUGUUACCCACCUAGGAACAGAGCCACGACCUGACUCCUGACAUUCCCAGGAUGCUGGGAAUCUGCAGAGGACGCAGGAAGUUCCUCGCAGCCACCCUGACCAUUCUCUUCGUGCCAGCGUUUACCUGGAUUUACCUCUUCUCGGGGACAUUCAAAGAUGAGAAGCCAGUCUCACUGUCUCCCUAUGAAGCGCCAGCGAACAGCCCCCGGUACGUGUUCAACCAGAGAGAGCGGGAGUCCCUGGAAGUGCGGGUGCGAGAGGUAGAGGAGGAAAACCAGGCUCUCCGUAAGCAGCUCAGCCUGGCCCAAAGCCGGGUCCAUCACCAUCGGAACCAUUCCAAGAGUUACUCCACGGAGGAAGGCACAGGGGACAACGAAGUGGUGCAUGCGUUGUCAUGGAAUAGUUCGGAAUGUGGCAAAAGGCCCACUGUGGAAAAGUGUGAGACAAUCCACAUUGCCAUCGUGUGUGCAGGAUACAAUGCAAGCCGCGAUGUUGUGACCCUUGUAAAGUCCGUUCUGUUUCACCGGCGAAACCCAUUGCACUUCCAUUUCAUCACCGACGCCAUUGCCAAGCAAAUCCUGGGCCAUCUCUUUGAGACGUGGAUGGUCCCUGCAGUGACGGUCAACUUUUAUGAUGCUGAUGAAUUGAAGCCAGAAGUUUCAUGGAUUCCAAACAAGCAUUACUCAGGGAUAUACGGACUAAUGAAACUGGUUCUCACCAAGAUUCUGCCUGAUUCCCUGGAACGGGUCAUUGUCCUCGAUACAGAUAUCACCUUUGCAACAGACAUCGCAGAACUUUGGGCUGUGCUUCACAAGUUCAAAGGUCAGCAAGUUCUCGGACUGGUGGAGAACCAGAGUGAUUGGUACCUUGGGAACUUGUGGAAGAACCACAGGCCUUGGCCAGCACUCAGUCGAGGAUACAACACUGGUGUGAUUUUGUUGCUGCUGGACAAAUUGCGGAAAAUGAAAUGGGAGCAGAUGUGGCGUUUGACUGCGGAGCGGGAACUGAUGAACAUGUUGUCCACUUCACUGGCUGAUCAGGAUAUUUUUAAUGCCGUCAUUAAACAGAACCCUAUCCUCGUGUACCAGCUUCCGUGUUUCUGGAACGUCCAGCUGUCAGAUCACACGCGCUCUGAGCAGUGCUACAAGGAUGUGUCAGACCUUAAGGUGAUCCACUGGAAUUCUCCCAAGAAACUGCGGGUGAAGAACAAGCACGUGGAAUUUUUCCGUAACCUGUAUCUGACGUUUUUGGAGUACGAUGGAAAUCUCCUCCGUCGCGAGCUGUUUGGCUGCCCCAGUGAGGUAGACAAGAACAGUCAAAAUCUUCAGAAGCAGUUACUGGAACUGGAUGAGGAUGACCCUUGCUACGAAUUUCGAAGGGAGCGAUUCACUGUCCAUCGCACUCAUCUCUACUUCUUGCACUACGAGUUUGAGCUAUCUUCUGAAAACACUGAGGUUACUCUGGUGGCCCAGCUCUCGAUGGACAGGCUGCAGAUGUUGGAGGCUAUCUGCAAGCACUGGGAGGGCCCCAUUAGCCUUGCCCUCUACCUGUCCGAUGCUGAGGCCCAGCAGUUCCUCCGUUACGCCCAGGGAUCUGAGGUUCUGAUGAGCAGGAGCAACGUUGGUUACCACAUCGUCUACAAGGAAGGACAGUUCUAUCCUGUCAACCUGCUGCGGAACAUCGCCAUGAAACAUGUUAACACACCCUACAUGUUCCUGUCUGACAUUGACUUCCUCCCUAUGUAUGGUCUCUAUGAGUACCUGAGGAAGUCAGUUCUGCAGCUGGAUAUGGCCAACACAAAGAAAGCUCUAAUAGUGCCAGCAUUUGAAACUCUCCGCUAUCGUCUGUCCUUCCCGAAAUCUAAAGCGGAGUUAUUGUCCAUGUUAGACAUGGGAACACUCUUCACUUUUCGGUAUCACGUUUGGACCAAGGGUCACGCUCCGACAAACUUUGCCAAAUGGCGGACUGCCACCACUCCCUAUCACGUGAACUGGCAGGUAGACUUUGAGCCUUAUGUUGUAGUAAGGCGCGACUGCCCAGAAUACGACAGGAGAUUUGUCGGGUUCGGCUGGAAUAAAGUAGCACAUGUCAUGGAGCUGGACGCACAGGAAUACGAGUUCAUCGUCCUCCCCAACGCCUACAUGAUCCACAUGCCUCACGCCCCCAGCUUCGACAUCACCAAAUUCCGAUCCAACAAGCAAUAUCGAAUCUGCCUGAAGACGCUGAAGGAGGAGUUUCAGCAAGACAUGUCUCGCCGCUACGGGUUUGCAGCUCUCAAGUACCUGACUGCUGAAAACAACAGCUGAGAGAGAGACGCCACCCAACACCCCCCACCCACACCCCCCACCACCCUGGCCGUCCCCUGCCAACUUUUCACCUGAACACGCCGCUGCCAGGAGUGAAGUGGGGUGGGGUGCCGUGUGUGCGAAAACCGAAACCAAAAUUCCACGUUGCGUGCCCACCGACCGACUUGUCAGGAUUGAGGCCAUUCAGGCCGGACAGUCCGUGCUUGCAAGAGUUUACUUUGAGUCCUGUUUAGAUAUUCCCGCCGUUCGCUAUCUGAGGCCUCCAAACUGUUCCUCAUCACUACCACCACCCCCCCUCCUCCUCCCCACCUUACUGUGAGGGAGGUCCCUGUUGGCCAUCCAGCCUUCCUCAGAUGGAGUGCCACCACAGCAUUGUUCCCCUUGAUUAUUCAGAGGGUCUCCGCCCUUUCGGUGCACAGCGCAGUCAUACCAGCGAACGUGAGGGUUAACCAGGACAAGGAGGGGUGGGGGUGCAGCAGAGAGCCCCUGGGAACAGCAGUGCUCCGUUCUUGUCCUUGGUGUAAACUAACAACUGGAACUACUCCACAACGGUGAGCCCCCCCCCCACCCCAGACCGUCCUCUGUCACAGUGAGAGGUGGGGGGUUUCUGCCACUGUCCCGACAGCCCAGCUGCUUGCGGCGUGUUCGAGGGUCAAAGCCCCCUUUGCUAGCCAAAAGAAAAGUCGACCCUCUCCUGAGGCAUUCUGAACCCUGCUCCCCGUCCCAAAUGUGGGAUGGGCUAGAGAUGAGUGGGAAAACUCUGAGCGUGCUGCAGCCCUUGAGGCGAGCGCAGGAAAGGCUGGUAAAGGUGAUCUGACGGCGGCAGGUGGGGGGAAGCAGCAGGGUGUACCCUUUUGAAGUGAGUUGCCUGGGCAGGAUCGGAUCGUGGAGGGUGGGGGCACUUCGUGGUGGCUGUUUCCCACGCUAAGAGGAAGACGCACUGCAAAGCUUGGACCCUUACCCUGGAGCUUGAGUGUUUCAAGGGAACGGCUUGGGCUGGGAUAAGCUGAGAUUGAGCUGAUUCCCAGUCGCCAGGCUUGGUUUGGAGAUUCAUGCCUAACAAAUACAAGGCCGUGGAAGUUUGUCAACUUCUGUGAAAGGAAGCAAAGCAGAUCCUACCAGAGAAUCAUAUCAAAAUCAAAAAUCUCAUCAGAAGAAAGGGUUGCCCUUGUAACUGAGACACUGGAGGGUGAGAGACAUUGAGUUCACUUGCGGGGGGGCGGUGUCAAUCGGAAUCGAAUAAAUUAGUCGGGUUUGUCUUUGUAAGUGGAGGACAUUGUUGCUUUUUCUUGAUAACAAAAGCCUCCACGGUGGGCCCCUUGACCAAGUUGGUGAAAAACAUUUAUUUGCUUAAAACCUUACAUUUUGAUGGACCUGAAGGUUUCUGUGCUCCGCACACCUUCAGAGCCAAUACUUUAAAACCCAGUGAGAUUGAUGCCAAAAUGUUUGUACAUUUCCCAGGACACAGUCAGGGUGGGGUGGUUCUUUAACAGCCAUCAAACUGACACCACGAAAGACCGAGCCAAGGAUCAAAACAAAAUACAGAGCUGCAUGACAUUUUUGACAAAUAGAUGAGAAAUUCAGUUAAAUUUUCCCGAAGUAUGAAUUUGUCACCUUCUCUGUACAAGCAUGCAGGGAUUAUUUCAUUGAGGCAAGGCCGGGACAGGAUCUCUGGAGGUGGACUGAGAUCAACUAGUGGGAAGGGUUGCUAGCAAAAAGGUAUGAUUGUGCUGGGACAUUAGGAUAAUGUAAGAAGCCCCAUUGGACUGUAGCAAUGUCGAGAAGGUAAGAUGCAAGGGAUUAAGGUUGAAGCACCUCCUUUGUCCAAGACAAUCUUGCAAUUUCCUUCAAGAUCUCCACUCUAACUGAGGGAGAAUUUUAUAGUAAUGCAAACUGUAUUUGAUCUAUUGAGGGAUUAAAAAAAAGUGGGUUCAGUCACCUCCCUGGCCAACUCUCAGUCCCACAUGCCAGUGAGUCUCUGCACAGUUUCAAUGUGCCCUUUCCCCAUGACAACUGACACCUGUGUAGCAAAUCAUUUCUGUUCGAAAGAAGCCAACCAGUUUGAAAAACACAUCAAAGUUUUGGUUUCCAUGUGCCCUUUUGAAAUCCUGUCAUAUUUUGGAAAUUGCUGUGGUACAUCAGAGGAUGUGGAGUUUGGCACGAGGUCCUCACCCUGUCCAACAGUGGAUAAAUGACAAUGAAAACGAUUGGUAUGAUGACUGGCUGACAAAAAGAAAUCAAUCUUUUCUUGGUAUCCCACAAAACGAUCUGACCCCUUUUCAGUAGAAAAUGUAAAUGCACCCUUCUGUAAAUCUAUUUGGCCCUCAGGGAGAGUGUGAUAGAUGAACUGUAGACUAAUAUAAGCCUCAGGUUGCAUUGAUCAGAGCACAGCGUUGCAUUGGACUGGACAAUCACAGGACUGUGAACUAUUUGGAGCACCGUUGGACCCUGAGAAUUACUGGAUCUCGGUUGGACAUGGUGAAGGAUCCUUGAACCUUUGAGAAUCCAAUUGGAAGGUUCUUUGCAGGGUGUGAUGUACCGUUCAAAUGAUUCAAUCGUUAAGGCUGUUAAUUUAUUCAACCCUCUGUUGCACUGUUGGACUCUGAAAUCUCAUGGCCGGCUGCAGGAUUAUUUAGAAAGUGGAUUCUUUGGCCUGGUUAAUACGCUGUUGGGUCAUCUUCAGUUAUAUGGAAUGUUACUGAUCCAACUAUGCCAUCAUUGGGAUUUGGACAAUAGUUUACGUCACAGCACUUUUGAACUGUAAGCCUGGAAAUUUCGUGGAGUGUUAAGAGUACUUUUUAACAAUUGCCACUAUUGUUGGAGCAUUUGGAGUACUGCUGGACUGUUCAUAGAUAAGCUGGGCCCUGAGAGCACUAAUGGAGGAGUUUGAACUGUUCAGGGUAUGACAAGAAAGGUGGCUCCUUUGGAAGAUAUUUGUCAGAUGGCCCUACAAAUAAUAACACUAUUAGAGGAAAGUUGGACAGGAGGCGGCACCAUUGGACAAUAGUCAAAGGCAGUGAGCAGCACUAUUGGCAAAGGGUCAGACACCAUGGUACCCCACUGGAAGACAGUUGGACAGCAAGAUGCCCCAUUGGAGGACAGUCAGACAGCAAGGUGCCCCAUUGGGGGAUAGACAGCAAGGUGCCCCAGUGGGGGACAGUCAGACAGCAAGGUGCCCCAGUGGGGGACCGUCAGACAGCAAGGUGCCCCACUGGAGGACCGUCAGACAGCAAGGUGCCCCAUUGGGGGACCGUCAGACAGCAAGGUGCCCCAUUGGAGGACAGUCAGACAGCAAGGUGCCCCAUUGGGGGACAGUCUGACAGCAAGGUGCCCCAUUGGGGGACAGUCAGACAACAAGGUACCCCUUGGAGGAAAGACAGACAACAAGGUGCCCCAUUGGGGGACAGUCAGGCAGCAAGGUGCCCCAUUGGGGGACAGUCAGGCAGCAAGGUGCCCCAUUGGAGGACAGUCAGACAGCAAGGUGCCCCAUUGGAGGACAGUCAGCUAAUAUUACAUUGGAAGAUAGCCAGACAGCAAUUGACACCAUUGAAGAAUGGUCAGACAGCUAGGAGCCCUUUUGGUGGACAGUCAGUCAACAAGGUGCCUGAUUGGUGGAUAGUCAGACAGCAUGGUGCCCCAUCAGAGGACAGGCAGCUGAUAUGAUUUUAGAGGAUAGUCAAAGAAGGUCUUGCACAAUUGCAGAAGGGUCAAACAGCCAGGAGUACCCACAGAGAAGGGGGUGGGAGGUCAGACAGCAUGGUGCCCCAUUGGUUGACAGUCGUACAGAAUGGUGCCCCAUUGGUUGACAGUCGGACAGCAUAGUGCCCUAUUGGUGGACAGUUGGACGGAACGUUGCCCCAUUGGAGGACAGCCAAAGGCCUGCAGGACUGGUGGGUUGUUUCUAAUCAUUGUACAACAAAUUUCACUCUUUACCACAAUGGGCAGGAUGACUGUUGAGAAAAAUGGUCAAUCAGCACAAAGCAGAACUGUCUUCUGACUUUGGCAUUGUGCAAAUGACAGAAUAAUAAGUAAAAAUAUUUUUAAAAAUC